AUGAAUCCAUAUGGAAAUUUUAUGUAUCCUUCAUUAUCAACCUCAUCAUCAUCAUCAUCAUCAUCAGCAGCAGCAGCAUCAGCAUCAUCUCCAAAACUGUUAGUAUCCUCAUCAAAAUCACUACCUACAUCUCAAUCUUUAAUAGAUAAAUAUAUUACAUUAAAUAAUGAAUUUAAUAAAGAUCAAUUCAAUCCAUCAUCUGAUGAUCGUUUUAAUAAUUAUUAUGAUUAUUAUUAUUAUUAUAAUCAUCAUCAUCAUCAUCCACGAAUGUCAAAACGUGCUGAUUUAAAAGAUUUAUCAAUUCAUAGUGAUAUGGCAUUUAUACGUAAAUUAUUCGAUCAAAAAAAUCAUGAAUUAUUAAGACUUGGAUAA